AUGGAUCUUUGCCAACAGGGUCCAGACUCGCCAAAGCUCGACCUGAUCAGCAACUGGAGCAACUGGAGCAACUGGGUCCUGCCGAGGGUGACCCGCGGCUUGCGGCCAUCACCAACCUCUGGCAAGCACCGCACCCAGACCCUUCCAACCCCAGCAGAGUCCCUUGCCAUGGCGCGCCACUCCCUCGGUUCCCUCCUCAGCUCGGGCCUGGCCCUGCUCGUGGGAGGCUCACUCGCCGCACGUCUCCCUGGCCGGUCCGACAACUCCACAGCCGACUGCACGGGCGUCUUGGCCCUCAGCCCCAGCUGCAGCUCCGACCAGGCGGCAUACGCGAGGGACGUCUUCUACGUCGGCGGCCGGUAUUACGAGGACUCCAGCGGCAACCGCACCACGGAUCAGUUGUACGUCGAGAAGCUGACGCCGGCCGCCGUCACCCAGCCGAAGCCGGUCGUCUUCUUCCAUGGGGGUGGCACGAGCGGAGUGUCUUGGCUCAAUACGCCAGACAGCAGGAAGGGCUUUGCCUCAUACUUCAUUGAGCAAGGCUACCAGGUCUACGUUGUCGACCAGACCUCAGUCGGUCGCAGCACCCAGCCAGACCUGAACAGCUACCCCUUGUCAGCCAGCACGACGGUCGAGAACACCGAAAAGUCCUUCUCGGGCUCUCAGCACUUCCCGGAGCUCUACCCCCAGGCCGUGCUGCACACGCAGUUCCCCGGCACCGGCCUGCGAGGCGACCCGUACUUUGACCAGUUCCAGCGGGCCGUGAUCCCCUUCUCCACCAACUCCACCGGUGUGGAAAACGUCAUGAGGGAGGCCGGCUGCGAGCUUCUGUCCAUCAUCGGCCCUUCCUACCUCGUCUCCCACUCCGCGGGCGCCAUGUACCCGAUCCUCAUGUCCAACGACUGCGGCUCCCUCGUCGCGGGCAAUAUCAACCUCGAGUCGUCCACCACCCCGUUCUUCUUCCCCAGCACCGGCUCCCUCUCCGGAACCACCACGCGCAACUGGGGCCUGACCGACGUGCCCGUCGACUACGACCCGCCCGUCUCGGACCCCUCGGAGCUGAUCCAGGUCGAGGUCGGCAACGACACCCUGGCCCACCGCUCGUGCCACCUCCAGGCCGAGCCCGCGCGGCAGCUGCCCAAGAUCAGCGCCGUCAGGUACCUGCUCAUCACCAGCGAGGCGUCGGUGCACGUCACCUACGACCACUGCACCGUCCAGUACCUGAGGCAGGUCGGCGGCAGCCCGCAGUGGAUCCGGCUGGCCGAGCUGGGCAUACACGGGAACGGCCACUUCAUGCACCUGGAGCUGAACAACCAGGAGAUCGCGGCCGUCGUGCACGACUGGAUCCAGGGCGGUGAGAAGAAUGCGACCCUGACGCGCAGGUGGGCACGAUAA